AAUUAAACGCAAUUUUGACAGUUAAUAAAGUCAUGCGAAUCUGUGUGUAGGUUAGCAAGUGUAGUUUUGAAUUUUAUUUUAAGUUUUGUACUGCAAAAUGGGUGAAUUAACUGCAACAAAUUUGUUCGAAUCACAAACGAUAUUCGCUGAUCACAAGGACUUGAUUCACGAUGUCGCAUACGACUUCUACGGCGAAAGAAUGGCUACUUGUUCAAGCGACCAGUAUGUGAAGGUGUGGGAUUCAGACGGGCAAGGUGGCUGGCGACUGACAGCAAGCUGGAAGGCUCACCAUGGGUCAGUGUGGAAGGUCACAUGGGCACACCCUGAGUUUGGUCAGGUCAUUGCCACUUGUUCCUUUGAUAGAACUGCCGCUAUAUGGGAGGAAGUUGGUGACACAGCAGCAUCUGGAUCAGAGAAGGGCCUUAGAACUUGGCUGAAGAGGUCCAACCUGGUAGACUCACGGACCUCAGUAACCGAUGUAAAGUUUGGACCAAAACAUUUAGGGCUACUACUAGUCACAUGCUCUGCUGAUGGCAUUAUAAGGAUAUAUGAAGCUCCUGAUGUAAUGAAUCUAGCACAGUGGACAUUGCAGCAUGAGAUUCCAACUAAAGUAUCUAUCAGUUGCCUCUCUUGGAACCCAUCUUUAUCCAGAGUGGUGCACCCUCCAAUGCUGGCAGUAGGCAGCGAUGAGCCCAACACCACCAACGCAGCAGCCAGCGUACAAGGAGACAAGACUACUGCUUGCAAUGGAAAAGUUUUUAUAUAUGAGUACAGCGAAUCGUCUCGUCGUUGGACGCGCACAGACUGUUUGUCGUCGGUCCAGGAGCCAGUGAACGACAUCGCAUUCGCGCCCAACCUCGGCAGAUCCUUCCAUUUGCUGGCUGUCGCCACUAAAGAUGUCCGCAUCAUCAAGAUUGAGCCUAUCGCUGAGUCGGCGGGUACCGGCAACAACGGCAGUGCCCAAGUGAGGUUCAAGUGCGAGGUGGUGGCGGCCUUCGAGGAGCACUACUCGUGCGUGUGGCGAGUGUGCUGGAACCUCACCGGCACCCUGCUGGCCUCCUCCGGGGACGACUGCGCUGUACGCCUGUGGAAGAUGCAAUACCUGAACCAGUGGAAGUGCGUGGCGGUGUUCAAGAACGAGCCGCUGCCGGGCGACUCGCCGCCGCUGUGCCGCCCGCACACCACCUACAUCCGCAUGGCCGCCAUGGCCAACCCCUCGCACAUGCCCUUCCACUGACACCACGCCACGACAUAAGAUGCGGCGUAAUGGACUGUGAAACUGUUACGCGAACAUUUUGUGCAUACUCAUAGACUGUCGGUGAAUUAAUACCAAAAAGGGUUGAACCCUGCUGUUUUGUAAUUUUUGUUAACGAAAUAUACGCUCAAAUAUCCAA